CCUCCUGUUCCGCGCUGUUCGGAGAAACGGGACAAGGACUUGGAGAGAAUUGAAUCAAACCGAGGCUUAUUUUGAUCUCAAUCGUCAUCUUCGACAGUCGAUCAAGAACAACUACUCUUAUCUUCAUUCUCUGUAGCGGAGCCCUAGUUGCCAUCGUCUAUAAGUUGCAUCAGUGAGAUUGCCUGGUUUAUUUUGUUCAAAUACAAAUGACAGUGUCUGCAGCGUUGAUCAAGGCUAGUUUACUCUCAGCUUAUUUGAAUUUGAGUUUAUAUUCAUCCAACCUGAGUUCAUGACAUGAUGUCGGGCACUGGGGAAAGAUAUCUCCAAGACGAUGCCGAUGAAGCAGCUGAUGAAAAUGGCAAGCAGUCCAGCGCACAAGAGUGGACGGUAGCUAUCGCUGCAAAAGAGUAGGUCAACCAAUUUAUUUGAAGAUUCUGAUCGUUGAAUUUCUUAAACUGGAGUUGCUAGCUCAACUGCAACUGCCUGAUCGGAGGUGUCCCCUUGUUGCAAGUAAUUAUACAGCCAAGAAUUUACAGAUGCAUAAUAGCAAUUGAAGUAUUUGAAGAGUACAGUAUGUAAACAUUAUACGGCAUGUUAUAUUUAAUAUUAUUUUGACAAUUUUGUUUAUGUUUGAAAUGAAUAGCUAUUCUUAUAGUUGUAAACAUGUGAAAAGUUCAGUUCUUGUUUGAUUGAUUGGAAAAGGAAACGAAAAAACGAAGUUAAUUGGGUUCUGAAUUUUCUUCCUCUUUGGGAUUUCAUAAUUGGCCCCUGCAAAAUGGAAUAUUGCUGUAUGAUUACUUGAGCAACCAAAGAAAGAAGAUCCUUCGCCUGAGAGACUUGUAACACGAGCCAUCUCUCGUUAUGAACAAUUGGGCGUCUCUCAUGUAUCUCUAGCCGCCAUGGUAGGUGGCCUUUGAUUCUUGCACCUUCUAAUUAUGACUCGAGCUUCAAUGGCGGAACAUCACCCUUCGGAUAUUCAAAUCAGGGUCAAUUCCCGGCAAGGUACUGCAAUACAUCCUGUAGAGGUGGAUGCCCAGUCGUUGCAAGCGUCGGGUUCAAUUGCUUACAGGGAAGUCAAGCAAUUCAAGAAAUGGAUCUCUUGGUUAAUUCCGUCAUUUGUUAUAGCCAAUAUUGUUAUGUUCAUUAUCACCAUGUAUGUUAAUAAUUGCCCUAAGAAUUCAGUCACUUGUAUUGCUCGAUUCUUGGGUAGAUUCUCUUUCCAGCCCCUAAAAGAAAAUCCUCUGCUUGGACCUUCAUCUUUAACGCUACGGAGUAUGGGUGCAUUAGAAGUUAAUAAAGUGGUUCAUGGAGACCAACUGUGGCGUCUCGUCACGUGUAAUUGGUUACAUGCCGGUGUUUUUCAUUUAUUGGCGAAUAUGUUGAGUCUCUUAGUCAUUGGGAUUCGUCUUGAACAAGAAUUUGGAUUUAUACGGAUCGGCUUGCUAUAUGUUAUAUCCGGAUUUGGUGGGAGUCUGUUGUCUGCUCUGUUCAUCCAGUCAAACAUCUCUGUCGGGGCUUCUGGUGCCUUGUUUGGGUUGCUCGGAGGAAUGCUUUCUGAACUCAUCACUAACUGGACGAUAUAUUCUAAUAAGGUACCAGCUCUUCUUACUCUGUUGGUCAUUAUAGCGAUCAACUUGGCAGUAGGAAUUCUUCCUCAUGUUGAUAAUUUUGCUCAUAUCGGAGGAUUUAUUUCUGGAUUUCUUCUGGGGUUUGUAUUUCUCAUUCGCCCGCAGUUUGGAUGGGUUAGCCGAAGAUAUACUUCUAUAACAGAUUCUUCCAUCCCCGUCGAACAUAAAUUCAAGAUAUAUCAAUGCGUAUUAUGGAUCAUUUCGCUAAUACUUCUGAUUGCCGGGUUCACCGUUGGCCUGGUUUUACUUCGUCGAGGAUUUGAUGCAAACCGUCAUUGCUCUUGGUGCCAUUAUUUGUCUUGCGUUCCUACUUCGAAAUGGAGCUGCAAUUCAGAACCUACAUACUGUUUGUCACAUCAGGUAGGUAACCAGUUGAAUCUGACGUGCUCGAGCAACGGCAAAUCCGGGACGUAUAUUCUCCCAAAUGCGUCAAACUCUGAGAUACAAGGUUUGUGUUCUGGGCUUUGUAACUGAUUGAAUGAAAACCCACACCACUUCAGGAAAAUCAUCAUCCCCUUGGACCACAUGUUUCAUCCUGCAAAUACGCCUCUCUUCUUUCUGUAUAUGCUGUAUUUUCCCCUCCACAGCCGUGUGUGAAGUCAUUUUAUCAGGUUUCAUGAAUGCAGGCUUCAAACACACAUUUUAGUCAUCAGGGCUCAGAACUAAAUGAAAAAUGGCUUUGCCGCAUUUU